GCUACGAAUAAGGAAUAAUUGCCCAAUACACGGGGUGUCUGGUUACCAGCACUACUGUUACAAUUUUACUUCCCGGUCAGUACUAUUAACCAUUGGUGGGGAUAUAGGUGUAUAUCUAUAUACACCAGGAAGGUGCCAAAGUGUGGUGUUUCCUCUAACAAUCAGUAUGACCAAAUAGUUUUGUAAAAAUGGUCGGAUAACACAACGACGAGACGAUGGAGUUACAAGUUUCUCAGAAGACGCAGCCUAGGAUAUUGAAAAGAGACCUGAAGAACAGCCCAUACAUUUUAGUGGCAGCAUUGGACUUCGGCACAACCUACUCGGGGUACGCAUUCUCAUCACGGCUGGAGUAUACCAAAAACCCAUUGAAUAUCAGUACACUUGUAUGGCAAGCAGGAUCCGGAAAUCUCGCUUCCCUAAAGACCUCUACGUGCGUUCUGUUUAAACCAGACGAAAGUUUCGACACGUUUGGUUUUGAAGCCGAAGACAAGUACGCCAAGCUGAUAGACGACGAUAAGCACCAUGACUGGUUCUUUUUUAGACGCUUUAAGAUGUCACUUUAUGAGCAAAAGGAUAUCACCAGAUCCAUGAAGUUGUACGCACAAAAUCAGAAACCAAUGCUGGCAAUGAAAGUGUUUGCGGAGGCAGUAAAGUACCUGAAGGACCAUCUCCUUGGUACCUGUGAGAAGAGGGGGCUAGAAUUGCUGAUGUCUGACGUCAGAUGGGUCCUGACAGUGCCUGCUAUUUGGAAUGACCGAGCAAAACAAUUCAUGAGGGAAUGCGCUCAGCAGGCUGGUAUCCCAGGAUAUCAACUCGUCCUGUCAUUAGAAGCCGAGGCUGCUGCUAUGUUCUGUAAAUACCUACCGCUGAAAGACAUGACUGUUGGAAAAGGGGGAGACAACUUAGCGGUGUUUCGACCUGGGUCGCGAUACAUGGUGGUGGAUGUUGGGGGGGGUACUGUUGACAUCACUGUACACGAGGUGCUGCCGAGUCUGAAGCUGAAGGAAGUUCACAUGGCAAAUGGAGGGGACUGGGGCGGGACCACUGUAGACAAGGAGUUUGAAAUGCUUCUUUCCGAGAUUUUGGGAGUUGAUGUAUUUAAUAAGUUUAAGCAAAAACAUGUUGCAGACUACCUAGAGCUACAAAGGUCUUUUGAGACUAAGAAAAGAUCAAUUUCGUCCUCGACCGAUGCAAAAAUUACGUUUACUCUCCCAAUAAGUCUGAUGGAAACUUUUGAUGAGAUUCUUCCAAAUAAAACCGUGGCGGAAAAAAUAUCCUCUAACAAGAAGUAUGCAAAUAACCUCACGUGGAAGAUGGAUAGGCUGCGAAUCAAGUCUGAGCUAGCUCAAACGAUGUUCCGACAAUCCGUCCAGAGGAUAAUAGACCACGUGGUGGAGCUGAUGAAACACCCAGAGGUAGAACAGGCUCAGGCAAUCCUUCUCGUCGGCGGAUACUCGGAAUGUCCUCUACUACAGACAGACAUUUCCGCCAAGUUCCCGGACAAACGUCUCAUUAUUCCACACGAGGCUGGUUUGGCCGUGCUGAAAGGUGCCGUCAUCAAUGGACAUGAGCUAGACACAAUCACGGAAAGGAUCAGUAGGUUUACAUAUGGCACAAAAUGUGUGACAGACUUUAUUCAUGAAAUACAUCCAAUGGAAAAACGUAAAAUACAAGGAAACGGUAAAGCGUAUUGUGGUGAUAUAUUCAGUGUACAUGCAACGAAAGGAGAGGCUAUAGCUGUAUGGGAGAGUUUAGAAUCUAUUAAGUACAACGUCACAUCACCGUCUCAAACAAGUACGAAUGUCGAAAUCUAUAUUUCGACCAACUCAUCGCCCGAGUAUGUGACAGACGAAGGUUGUGAAUGUAUUGGUUCACUUGAAAUUGAAAUGCCCGACACCAGCAAAGGAAUGGAUAGAGGGAUAGACGCUCAGUUUACAUUCGGUGGUGCGGAGAUAGAAGUCCAGGUCAAGGACAGAGAGUCAGCUGAAGAACAAAUCGCUUACCUCAAUUUUCUUGGUUGACAGAAACAGUAAAACCGAAUGAAUCGUUUAAUAUUUUGCACAUGCAUCAAUUGUAUUUUUUCAAAUGAUAGACGUUUAGCGGACAAAAAUCCACAAAGGUGUUUUUAAUAAACGGAAAUAUUUGCGUAUCUUGUCUGGCCUCCUAUUGUAUUAGCAUAGAAUAUCACUCAACACAACUCUGUCGUGGUGUAGCAAAGUUCAGUGAUUGUUGCUGACUUCAUCAUUUUAUUGAAUUUCAAUUUUAACAAUAUUUACAGUAUUCAACAGUCAACCUAUUUUCAAAAUAAUUCAGCCUGUGCUGUUUGGGAAAAUACCAAUAACUUGUUGUAGCAUUCGUCUGCAGAGUUAUAAGACCGGUGAUAAAGCUUGUGUUGGAUACAAUAUAAAAGUAGCGAUGACCAAUACUUUAUGCAUCAUAAAUCAUCAACAAAGAUUCCAAUUUCUACACGGUUUAUAUACAGAUGUAGGUCAUGAAUGCAAAAUAUUUCUACACAUUUUUCAAAAUCUGCACACAUUGAACCCGUUACUGUACCCGAUUCCAUUGUUGAGAACUCUCAUCAAUGAAUGUUUACUUAAGUUUUUGUCAUAUUAUAAAAAUAUCGAGAGAAAUACAAAGUCAGAGCGUAAGUUGUCUGUUGUA